UAAAUUAUAUUUAAUAUUUUAAUUAAUUAUAUGAUUAAUGUAUAAUUUUGAUAAAGUAUAUAUAUGUUGUUGUAAUAUAAAUAUUAAAAUAUGAAUUUAUGAAAUUUGUGUUCAUUUUGCUCCCAAAAUUUGAUAUUCCUUUUACAAUAUAUACAACUCUUAAAGGCAAAAUUAUAAUUGGGUCCAAAAUUUUGUACUAGGGUGCUAUUUCUUUAUAACUUUAAGUCUUAUUUCUUUAUAGUUUGAUAUGAUUUUUUCCUACUUUGAUUCUAUUAAUUUCUUCAUAAUAGUCUCAUCUCAUUGCUUGAAAAUAUAAUAAAGAAAAAUAAGUAAAAUAAAUUUUAAAAAACAUAUCAAAAUAAUCAAGUUUAUAUUUAUUUAUUUAUUUAUUUUUCUAUUUUCUUUUCUCUUUUAUUUUCCUUCAAAGUUUCUAGGAAGCAAACAUAGCAUUAGGGUUUUUUUAUUUUAUUUUUUUUAUUGUUGUUGUAGAAUUUUAGGCGAAUGCUAAAAAUUAUCCCAAGCUAUGAGGUUUGGAAUUAUGGGAUUGAAAAAUUAAACAAUUAAUUUUCCAAAGGAGAAAAUUAGAAUGUCAUUAGGAAGAAUAGGUAGGGGCAAAAUCGGGAGACUAUUCCAGGAAACUUUGAAGGCGCGUAGAGAAAGAGAGGCAGUUAUCCUCAUUCCUCAUUCGCAGGACCCAAUCUCAGCCCACAAUAUGGCACUUCGUCUCACGCCUCCCUUUCCAUCUUUCACCGGUCGAAAUCUGGUCAUCGGAAAAUCGCAGCCGCUGGUUAAACUAAAAAUCUCCUGCUCUUAUCAUUCCAACGAGGUCACUUCACUCGACACUCUUUAACUCCCACUUUUUCUUGGUUUCCGUUUACAAAUAAUGAAAAAAUUGGUGGUGUGAUUGUGAGAAGUAUUGGGCGCUGAUUUUUCCGGGGUGGUGAUAUAGUGCAAGAAGGAGUAGACGAGCGUGAUGAUAGUGCCGACAGGUGUAGGUACCACCAUCGGUGGAUUCGCCGGCGACGCUUAGCCAGUUGCUCGUGCACUCGCCUCCGUCGUUGAUUGCCUCAUUUCGCACCCUAACGUACGUCUCUCUCUCUUACCCUAACUCAAAAAGGGUGUUUUGGUCAUUUACCGUUAAUAGUUAGAUUCCAUCUCCACAGGUAUUACUGUUGUUCCCUUGCAUCUUGAGUUGCAUUGGGUUAUUUUUAAUAAAUAAGUUUAACUACGAAAUUAUGCUGCGUUUAUGUAUGAAUUAAUCAAGGAUUAACAGUUAUGAAGUACUGUGGCCCGGGGUUGAAUCUUAAUGGAUGAGGGCCGGCCCAAUAAUUGAAGGGGCCAAGAAAAUCGAGCCUGGACAAACGUAAUGAUCGGGCCCGUCCAAAUAAGUGGGCAAUAGGACGGGUUAGUCCUGUGCCCAUGGCUAUCGCCUACCGUGGGAUGGAAAAUGCGAAAACUUUCUGCUUGGACUUAUUUUUUAAAAGUCUAAAACAUAUACCUUAGCUAUGGUCUAUGGAGGACAGUGCAGCCUAUGCUUAAGCAUCUAUCUCUGCAACUUUAGGUGCUUAAUGCAGCAAUGCUUUGUUGGCCCGUGCCAAAUGUGCUAUAUGUUGUAGGUUAUGCUCUUGAUCGAUUUGCAGAAGGCUUAUGGGCAUUGCAGCUAGUUCACCAAAAUAGAGUGGGGUUGGUUCUUGAUGCUGCAAUAGAGGGGGAGCUUCGACUUUGCCAUUUGCAAGUGGCUGAUGCGACAAGAGCUUCCCUUGGAUUGCCUGUUUUGGAAUAUAUUGUCACUGACACUCCUUUACUGGUGGAGAAAUGGGUUGAUCCAAAGAGCGGGCAAUCAACAGGGAGAGUUAAGCAUCCUGAUUCACUACCGAGAGCUGUGCAGACUUUAGUUAACCGAACAAAGGUAAAUGCUGUUGCAGUGGUGGGAUGCUUUCUGAUGAAGAUGUUGAAGACAUGGAUGAUUAUCGACAAGGGAUGGGUAUAGAUGAUUUGGCAGGAGUGGAGGCAGUUAUAAGCCAUCUGGUGGUGAAGGAAUUCCAGAUCCCUUGUGCACAUGCACCUGCACUAUCUCCCUUUCCUUUGAGCCUAUCACUGUGUCCAAAAUCAGCUGCCGAGGAGGUGAGUAAUAUCUUUUGAGGGCACAAAGAACUUAUAGCUACAUGAGAAGUGGUUUUUGUGGUUAUAGAAAGGGACAGUAGGUAUCUUUGUGUGAGUUUGCAUGUGUGCACACCAGUGUUCAUUUGUAUAAACUGAUGGGUGGGUAGGUAGGUGCAUGUUUUCACCUAUAGGGUGGAUGUUGUUGUUUGUCUUUGCAUUAGGACUAAAUUCCAUUGAUUAUCAUUUGGACACUUCA